GGAAAAACACUGGCGACACCUGCAGACUCCUAACGAACUGUCUAUCUGUCUCGGAGCAAAAACAUGGAAACCUGAAAGAAGCGGAAAGAAACAACUCAUUCGGAAUAAAAGGUGCAUUAAUAAAGUAUGUUUAUUAGUCACACCUACUACGCGGAGCAGAAGCGAGCGGCUCUAACACUUUCCAAAUAGACUCCCGGAGCGAGAAAGCGGAGGGAGGGAGGAAAGCGCAGCAGGUCUUUGGUGGAUGGAGAGAAAAUGGAGGUGAACCAGAGGGAGCUGCCUUUAUAUGGACAAGUGGAGGCUCAUGUGAGGCUGCAAACCAGAGUUUCUGAACAUGCAGAUUUCUACAUUGUUGUACAAGGCUCUAGACUUGCACACGUGACUACAGCAAAAAGAGCCAAUGAUGGCUUGAGUCUCUGCUUCACAGUUCCAGGCCACAACCUUGAGGAAGUUGUUUCUGUCACAUCCUACUUUCACAUUGAGAACAAAGUCAAACCGUGUGAGGGGGAAGCGUUCUUUGAGUACGUCAGGGAUGAUGCCCAGGAAGUAGCAGAAUACCUAAGUGAAAACAGGGACCAUCUUGACCCCCAGAACUUCUUAGAGAUCCUGAAGAAGUUUCCUUGUUGCGCACAGGGAGCGAAUGAUGAGCUCUUUGUGGAACAGUUAGCUCAUGUUGAGCAGGAGGUGGAGAUCAAUCAAAGUUCAGCUGAUCUUCGGCUGCUGGAUGAGAAGAUCACACAUGCUUUGGCUAACAUGGAUUACCCUCAGCAGUGGAAAACAGAUGGCCAACCUAAAGAAGCUGUCAAACCUCACCCCAGAGAAACCCUUCUCCACGUUGCGGUGCGUUUGGGUUUGGUCCACCUUGCCCGAUUCUUAAUUCACCAACCAAGAGGUCAAAGGGCAUUGACCUUACCCAAUCAGGAGGGAGACACACCCCUCCAACUGGCUCAAAAGUCUGGACAGCAUGCCAUGUUCAUGCUGCUAGCAGCCUCUCCAGGUCCUGCAGUUAGCCCUCUUCCUGGUGUGUGGUGCUUGUGGUCCAACAGUUCUUACAUGCUGAGGUUCUGUCCUGGGACCGACUCUCUAGCCCUCUCUGUGAGGCAUACCCCGGGAAGCUCCCCUCAGAAGAGCAUCAUGGUCCUGCGAGAAAGACUAGGAGACUUUGGUGUUUCUAAAAUGAUCAAUGUGCUCAGAGCUGAUACUGUGGUGGGCAAGAGGGACACGGAUGAAGGUGUUCAGACUAACAAAGGCAUCAACAAGGAACGACAUGAGGAACAGCAUGUGCUCGUGGACAGUGUUUUUGAAGAGCAGCUCGUCCUGUCUUUAGAUGACGAUGAUGAUGAAGAAGAGUACUCAUUAUCUGUAAAUGGAGAUCGCAUGCCGUCCAGUGAAGCACAGAGCCAGUUCACUCAGGAAGCUGCCCACCCUCUGCUCUCUGCGAUCCACAGCAGCGACCACACCAUCGCACAGGCGGAUGAUGUUGACAUUAAGUACAAUGUCAGCGGAGUGACGAGGGACAGUACAGGGACAGAUGGCAGUCUAUGGGACACCAUCAACUCGGAGGAAAUUCUUUUAGCCACCGAUACCCCUCCGCCCUUUUCAGAAGACUUCUACCCAUCCUCUGCAUCCGGCUCUCCCCUGCUUUCACCUGUCGAUCUGGCUCUCACAAGGCUGAUCCGUCCCGCCUCCUCCGAGCAGACCGAUCAGAGAGGCAGUCCACCAAUGGAGACCUGUGACCUCAGUCCCAGUCUGGUGGCUCUGGAAGUGGACAGCGAAGAAGAAAGCGUCGGGCCAAAGUCUCCACUUUCCCCGCUCUCGUCAGAUGUGGAGAGAAGUGAAGACAAAGAGGAAACUUUCCCUCUCCCCUCUCCUGAUCUCACUUGCACCCGUAGCCAGUCUGCAUCAGCAUAUGAACCCACUUCACAAGAACUGGUUGACGAGGGCCUUCGAUUGCGAUCCUAUUCCUACUCCUCCAAAAUCAGCUUACGUCCAGCUCGUUUUACUCGAGAUAACCAAGCCUCAGAUAUCAGCCCCGAUGCCGUGCUCCACAGUGUCAGCCACAGCCGAUCUCUUCUUCAGGCCCUCUCUCUGUCUAAAUCUCUGUCUUUGCUCCACCCUGGUAAGCCAAGAGCCUCGAGUAUAUCAGAUCAGUCACAUGAGAAAAGAAUUGAAGAGGAGGAGUUGGAUAAAUACAACAUUCCAGCCAAAACGGAGUCGGAGAAGUACAAAGUCAUCCGCACAUUCAGUUUUCUCAAGAGCAGGAUGUCCAGUACACGUAACAAAAGCAAGGGGAAAGGGAAGGACAGAGAAGGCAAGGACCGGCAGCCGAAUGGACAUCGCUUUGCGACAGGGUCCUGUUUAGGCCCCACGGUGUGUGUGGUGUGUGACAAACCAGCUUCUGGAAAGGACCUACUACAUUGCUCAACUUGCACUGCGAUUGUCCAUAAGGGCUGUAAGGAAUCUGUCCCCCCGUGUUUAAAGAAACAUCAGGAAAAAUAUGCUGUGUCCAUGGUGAAGAACAGGACAGCAUCCCUUCCACAGAACUUCACAGUGAGAGACAGCCCUUCUCACUCAGUGAUCCCCAUUUCUACCUCUCUACCUGUCAUGACUCCCAAGGAGAAGAAGGACGCCGUGACGCAGUCUCUCUCACGAAGUUUCCCCAACGUGGAAAGCCAACUCAUUGAGAGUUCAGAGACAGAGUCCGAUACCCUGAAGCUGAGCAGCCAAUCUGAAGAGCUCCUGCCAACUCCAGUGUCUUCCACCUCCACCGAGUCGUCCUUUGGAGAGGACUGCACAGACUCAUACAUCCACAGUGACAUAUCAGCUGAUUCUGUGGAAUAUGAAGCUGAAUCAUGGAGCCUGACGGUUGAGCACAAGUUCUGCAAGAAGCAAGACAAACGAGCUGUCAAGAGGCAGGAUGUAAUCUAUGAGUUGAUGCAGACCGAGCUUCAUCACCUGCAAACUCUGCACAUCAUGGCCGAGAUUUUCCGGCGAGGCAUGAGACAAGAAGUGCAGCUGGAUGCCGAAGCGGUGGAGCGAGUCUUUCCCUGUCUGGACCAGCUGCUCCUCUUUCACCACGCCUUCUUUGCCGCCAUGAAGGAACGGCGACACAGCUCGACCCAGCCUCAGGGCCACAGGAACUACCUCAUCCAGAGAAUAGGAGACAUCUUGCUCCAGCAGUUCACGGAUGAGAACGGGGAGAAGAUGAAGCAGGUAUACGGAGAAUUCUGCAGCCGCCAUAAUGAAGCUGUCAGCUUUUUCAAAGAGCUCCAACAACAUAACAAAAGAUUUCAGACCUUCAUCAGGCAACAAGGGAAUAAUUCUUUGGUGCGACGGAGGGAAAUCCCAGAGUGCAUCUUGCUGGUAACCCAAAGGAUUACAAAGUACCCAGUGCUGCUAGAGAGGAUCCUACACUAUACUCAAGAGGAAACAGAGGAGCACGCAGACCUUUCGAAAGCCCUGGCUCACAUUCGAGAGGUCAUAGCAGCUGUGGACAUGAGGGUCAGCGAAUACGAACGGCAUCAGAGGUUACAGGAAGUCUUUAACCGCAUGGAGAACCGCAGCGCAGCUAAGCUGAAGAGCGGACACACCUUCCGCAAGCAGGAUAUGAUGGGACCCGGACAAGUGCUCAAACACCAGGGGGUGCUCCUGUGGAAGACUGCCACCGGGCGACUCAAAGACGUCCUGGCGCUGCUCCUCAUAGACACCCUCAUCUUCCUCCAAGAAAAAGACCAGAAGUACACAUUUGCAACCGUGGACCAGAAGCCUCCAGUGAUUCCAUUACAGAAGUUAAUAGUUCGGGAAGUAGCGAACGAAGAGAGAGGGAUGUUUCUGAUCAGCGCCUCAGCGGCUGGACCAGAAAUGUAUGAGGUCCACACGUCGUCCAAAGAGGAGCGAAACACAUGGAUGAGGCUUAUUAGAGAGGCCGUAGAAAGCUGUCCGGAGGAAGAAGAGGAAUACACAAGUGAAUCGGACGAGGAGAAGCGAGCUGCCGAGGCUCGUUUUCAGAAGAUCCAAAAGCUACAAGAGAGCCUGACGAGCCAGGACCAGCAGAUCUGCUCUAGCCUGGCGGAGAAGCUGCAGAUCUACGCACAGCUCUCUGUUCUGAGUGGGAGGAUGGAGGCUUCACUAGCUGAACCGCGACUGCUGGUGCAGCCGCACUCAGAGGAGCUUCCCCAGUCUGCUGCACUGCUGACCGCUGCGCUGCAAGAAGCUGAGAACCUGAAGGCCAUGUUAUCAUCCAAGGCCUGUUCACCAUCGAGUCACAGCCAGAACUCUGACACAGACUGCGUGUUUCCUGUCAGCCCUGCUGUACCUGUCGAGCCCUCAGACUCUUUCGAGGCCUCGCUUGAAGACCCUCGGGGCAGUGAGGGGAGCUGGCCUGAGACCUUUGUGUUUCAGUCCACAACUGACUUUCAAAAAGACAAUCGAGGCGACGUUGACUUGAAGGUGGCUCAGAGUGUCCAAAACCUGACUCAGUUGCUGUACAGUCUGCAGGCUGCAGUGACCAUCCAGGACAGCUGCUAUGAGGUCCAGAGGCUCCUUCUCCAAGAUAGCGGCCGCCCUUCCCCUCGUGCCCAACGGCUGCAUCUCCCAACCGUCCGGGGUAGCGCCCUCCAGGAUCAGGAGAAGCAACGUAACCUGGAGAAGCAGAAGGAGGAGGCGGCGGUGGCCCAGCGGCUCCAUGACCGCCUGCGCCAGGAGAAGGAGCGCUGGGAGCGAGAGUGCCAGGCUAGGGAGAGUCAGCAGGGGGCGCAGGAGAGCAUGCUGGAAGAGAGGGAGAGGCAGUGCCAGGUGGCAGCGGAGAGGCUGAGACGUGAACGCGUAGAGCUGGACGAGCAGCUCGAGGAGUACCAGCAGAACUUGGAGAGGCUCAGGGAGGGCCAGAGGAGCGUGGAGAGGGAGCGAGAACACCUGGAUGAGCAGCAAAAGCUGCUGCAGUGCUGGAAGCACGGGCCGCAGGACAGCCCUCCAACUGCGAAUCCUCACAUGUUAAUCCCUCUUGAUGGCCAGCAGGACUCGGCAUCAAGUCCGCCCAGAGGCCAUACCGGUAACGGCUCUGUGUUUGUGAACGAGGCCGCGUUAGCCAGUACCAGCGUCAACAACCGCCAUGUGCACCACAGAAGAAAUGAUGCUAGCACACACAAUUGUCUCAACUCCCUGCUGGCCCAAUCCAACGGCAGACAGCCUCCUGGAGCUAAGACUCCCCACGGCCAACACUCAGACUCCCAGGGAUGGAUGAUGGGGACUGGAUACCUCUACAGCCCUGCAGGAAGGCAUGAUCACAGCUACAAUGGGGAGACCUGGUCGCCAACAGCAAGUGGAACUGACCCGUAUCCGGUGCGCCCGCAUCCCGGUGACCCUCAGCUGGACCUAAGUGCACUGGUUUCCUUGGAGACCGACAGUGGAGGGGAGGAGGGCAGGGAGGAAACUAUUGUGUACCUCUGAACGUUGGUGCAUUUCAAACUCUAAAAAAACACUUGGUGAAAGACAUUCACGAUCAGCAUCAGUAGCGGACUGGGCCGCCUUAAGAAAGCAAUUCUUUUUUUUUACUUUCGUUUUUCAGCAUGCUUGUUUUCUACCAUUGAAAGGUUAUUUUGGUCUCUUUUUUUGUAAACAGUUACUGGCAACAUGGAGAGAGAAAGACUCUGUCUCACUUGUCAUGCACCUUAGCUCAAAACACCACUGAGUGUUCAGUGUUCCUUGUUUUCUGUCUUCUUUUUGUGUGUGUGUCUGUGUGUGUGUGUAUAUAUAUGUGGCCAUAUAUUGACUGUCAAAUCCCCUGCAGCCCUUUUCACCUUUCGCCUUCUUUGCUUUUUUACAGUCUCUCCCUCGCUGCUUUUCUCAGGUCCCGCAUAUCUCACCCCUCAAGCUCUAUAUUUAUUAUUUUUCCCACAGAGUGAGAGAAAAGCAUAUACUCCAUAUCGGUGAAACAUCAGCCUGGAUCUCUCAGGUGGGCGAUUGUUUUGCCUUGGAGUAAACUGUCCCUGUUUCAUUCAUCAGACAGGUCCUGUUUAUUUACCAGCUAAAGAGCAAUGGGGAGCACAGAUCAUUAGAAAUGAGAGAUGAGAGCCGACAACAUCAGUCCCACGUUUUGCAAUCUUGCCGUCUCAUUUCUUUCCUUUUAUCUGAAGCACGUUUUCCUUGUUUAAAAAAGUAAGCCCAGAUAUGGUCUUAGUGGGGAUGUUGCAGCUGGGCUAGUCUGUCAGUUUUAUCAGGGAGUAGAAAUGAGAAAUAAGCUUUCAAGCACUUGAGAAUUAUUUCCUGCAAUACGCAAAAGCACGCUCGCUCAAACCGCCUUAAGUCCUGAAGUCAAAAUUUAGCCUGGCUCUUUUGGAUUGUCCAAUGGUCCAUCGGAAAUGAAAUGAAAUGUCCUAAAAGCUGUUGGAUAUGUUUCCAUAAAAUUUUCUAAAGACAUUUGUGAUCCUGCUUGACACUUGGCUGAAACGUCUUGACAAAUAUUGGAUGGAUUGUCAUGACCUUUGGUACAAACAUUAAUGAUCUCCUCAGGAAAAAAUGUGACCGUAAUUGAGCCUUUAGUAUUUCGUCUAGUGUCAUGUUCAGGUCAAACAUUUAAAAGUGGCAACAGACUUCGGCACCCGCUGUCACAAAGACUGGAUCACACCCAUCACGUCAUCUAACUGGGGAAGCAACCGCUCACUAAUGGCUCAGUCACACGAGAGUAAAGAAACUGCUCUAGUAAAAAUAGAAUUGCAACCUCCUUGUGACUAAAGUGAUAAUUGGAUUGUGGUUUUUUUUUGCCUUCAGCGACUAAUUGGAAGUAGUUAGCUUGACCAACUGGUGCAACACCUUCAACCUCUGGGUUACGACUUGGUAAGGCAUACCUGUCUCCAAACAGUCACAAGCUUGGAUUGAAAUCACUCUCAGACACAUUUGUCAAGGGUUGCAAAUAACUGGCAUCUAAUUUAUAAACACAGACAGAUUGCCAACAAAUUGGAAUCCAUCUGAGUCAGUCUGUGCCAAUAAGUGAAAAUCGUCUCGUCUUUUGCAAUAUGUACUCGAACUGGUUGCCAACUGGUUGUAGUCUAGUUAUAUUCCUACAUAAAAGCAAGGUUGAAUUUAAGUGCCUGUGUCCUUCUUGGUUAAAUUGCUGUCAUGCAGCAACUACAUGACUAUUUGUGGAGAUAUUCCUGUUUUAAAUCUAUAGCUGCACUCUGAAUGUAAGUAGCUAAUGUUCAUUGCACAUGGUUACAAUAAUUUCAGUCAUGCAGCUAUGUCUAACCACAGUUAUUCCUUGCCUGACUAGUGCAUUGUAAUGGGGAAAGUGCUAACUGCUUUUUAGUCCAGAUUUAGUACCAGUGGCAGGAAGAACUUCAUAGUUACAGUGAUAUUUUUUGGAAGCAAGUCUAAACACUGUCAUUUCAUAGCCAUUACAAUGUGCUUCUUUCGUAAAACCUAAUGUCCCUUUCAUUUUGCAAAUGCUACAGUUUCGAACAGUUCCUGUAAACAAAUAGCCUAACAGGUCUCUCUUUAUGCUUAGUGCUGAUUUAGUAACAUUAGUGUGCUAAGACCCUAAACUAAGACAGAGGAACCAUUGAACUACAGUGCUUAAAGCUCAGCAUCAUAAAUAUGUUUGCUCAGUUUAGCUGUCUUUCUUUGCUUGCUUCAUUGGGUGAAAAAUGUCCUAAUAUAAAUAUCCUCCCAAGUGCCCAGAACAAUAAGAAGUUGCCUUAUUGAUGCUCUUGUGCUCUGUGCUGAACUAUUGAGCUAGCAUUUACAUAUUGCUUCUCCUGAGGAUUUUUUUUUUUGUAAAGAAUGUGCCAAUGCUUUAGGUGUCUCCUAAUGUUUGUACAGGCACUAUAACAUGAAUCCUGUUUAAUUUCUGUUGUAGUGUAAUCAGACCACAAGGCAGUGGAAGUAUUUUGAUGUUUUGACUUAAGUACCAUGUACAUAACUUAUGUGCUUUUAUUUAUUUAUUACAAAAAAAGUCAUGUUUUACUGUGCGGUGUGAAGGGUUCUAUUGCACAAAGACGUGAACGUGUGUAACCAGGUCUAUUUUCUUGUUUUGAGCUCAUGUGUUGUACAUUCCUGACUUUCCCGAUAAAAUUGCAUUUAAAAAGAA